AUGCAGUGCGGCGCAUCACCACAGGGGGCAGUGUUGUCCUGCAGUGCGGCGCAUCACCACAGGGGGCGGUGUUGUCCUGCAGUGCGGCGCAUCACCACAGGGGGCGGUUUGUCCUGCAGUGCGGCGCAGCACCACAGGGGGCGGUGUUGUCCUGCAGUGCGGCGCAUCACCACAGGGGGCGGUGUUGUCCUGCAGUGCGGCGCAUCACCACAGGGGGCGGUGUUCACGUCCUGUUGGUUGGAGGCGGAGCCGGAACAAGUUGGCGCCAAACUCCCUCCCUCACUCACUACCCGCAGCAGCAGCAGCGGUGGCGGCGGCGCAGAGGAGAGGAAGAUGCAGAGAACCAUCGCCUCGUUCUUCCAGCCCAUGAAGGGAGGCGGCAACAAAGCGCAGCAAGAUCCCAGGAAAGGACGACGGAGAGAGCCUGCGCUGAAGCCUCGUGUCUCCACGACAGCCAGUGGAUCCCCGGAGUCUCCGGUGCGGGCUAGGAGACGGAGGCCGGGCCGAGUGACCAGCGAGGAGGAAGAUGGAGAGAGCGGGGAGGAGAGAGAGGAUGAAGGAGAGAGCGAGGAGAAGAUGGAGGAGAAGGGGGGAGAGGGAGAGAAAGGAGAGGAACCUCCUCAACUGGGAUCGUCCCAAACUCAACUGGGAACUCCUCUCCCCAUGGACAUAGAGUCUCCCCGACACGUCUCUGGUUCCCCACCAGGUUCCUGCGACCCCCACACGGCACAGGGACCCUCAGACUCGUCCCCAGGAUCAUCGGACCCCCAGCUGGAGGCACCCCGACGCCGCACAGGCAAGCAGCAAGACGGGGGCACGGAGAAGGAGGUCAAGGUGCAGGGGUCACUAGCUGAGACCCAGCAUGAGGUCGAAGGUCGCCCGUGCCGUGAUCACGGUCACCAGAAGGUCAAGGAGGAGCAGCGUCGGGGAGAAUCCACCCGCUCUGGGGGAGAGGGAGCAGAGGUCACGGAGGACCAGGGGCCAAAGUCCAAAGGGCACGGAGACGGAGAGAAAGUGGAAGAGAAGAGAAAGUCUUCGUUCAGCAGCUUCUUCGGCAAGCAAGUUCCCUACCUGGCUGUGGCCGUGACCUUUGAGAAAAUCGAGGGGGAAACAGCUCGGGGGAAGAUCGUGGAGACGUUGAGCAACUUCCUGCGCUCGGUCAUCAUGCUGACCCCGACUGACCUGCUGACCUGUCUGUACCUGGCCCUGAACCGGCUGGCCCCCGCUCACCACGGCCUGGAGCUGGGGGUGGGAGAGGGGCUGCUGCUGCGGGCAGUGGCCCAGGCUACAGGUCGCCAGGUGGAUCGGGUGAAACAGGAGGUGCAGGUGCGGGGAGACUUGGGUCUGGUGGCAGAGUCGAGCCGAUCCACUCAGCGGAGGGUCUUCACUCCCCCUCCCCUGUCGGCCUUCACCGUCUACCACCGGCUGAUGGACAUCGCACAGCUAGUGGGCAGCAGCUCCAUGACCAAGAAGAUGGAUGUGAUCAAGGGAUUGUUGGUGGCCUGUCGGCUCUCCGAGGCUCGAUACCUCAUCCGCUCUUUAGGAGGUAAGUUACGGAUCGGUUUGGCUGAACAGUCCGUCCUGUCUGCGCUGGCCCUGGCCGUCUGUCUGACCGACACCAGACAUGGGAGUGUGGACGGGAUGAGCGGGGAGAGACGCAAGGCCUGGAUUGAUGAGCAAACUCACACCCUCAAACAGACGUACUGUGAGAUGCCGGACUUUGGUGUGAUCGUUCCCCUGAUACUGGAGAAAGGAAUCGCUGAGUUACCCCAACACUGUCGCCUCACACCAGGGACCCCCCUGAAGCCGAUGCUAGCCCACCCCACGCGGGGAGUGGGGGAGGUGAUGAGACGUUUCACUGGGGCCUCCUUCAUCUGUGAAUACAAGUAUGACGGAGAGAGAGCCCAGAUCCACGUGUUGGAGUCGGGCGACGUUCACAUCUACAGUCGCAACCAGGAGAACAACACGACAAAGUACCCCGACAUCAUCAGCAGGGUCAGCAAGGUGUGUAAGGCCCACGUUCGCUCCUGUGUGCUGGACACUGAGGCCGUGGCCUGGGACAGAGACAAGAGACGGAUUCAACCCUUCCAGGUCCUGACCACCCGCAAGAGGAAGGAUGUUGAUGCUGCUGACAUCACGGUGCAGGUCUGCGUUUAUGCCUUUGAUCUGCUCUACCUCAACGGAGAGUCCCUGGUGAAGGAGCCUUUCUCCAGACGCCGCCAGUUAUUGCGAGAGUCGUUUGAGGAGAUUGAGGGAGAGUUUGUAUUUGCCGAGUCGAUGAUCGGGAAUAACACCGAGGAUAUCGCUGAGUUCCUCGAACAAUCCAUCAAAGACUCAUGUGAGGGUCUCAUGGUGAAGACUUUGGACGUUGAUGCAACCUAUGAGAUCGCCAAACGUUCCCACAACUGGCUGAAGCUGAAGAAGGACUACCUGGAUGGAGUGGGGGAUUCACUGGACCUGGUGGUUAUUGGAGGAUAUCACGGGCGGGGGAAGAGAACGGGCGUCUAUGGGGGAUUCCUGCUGGCUUGUUACCACCCCGACCUCGAGGAGUUCCACACCGUGUGUAAGAUUGGGACCGGAUUCAAAGACGAGGAACUCGAACAACAUGCCAACUUCUUGAAGGCCCAUGUGUUAGAAUCCCCGCGACCAUAUUACUGCUGGGACAGUUCGGCGGAGCCGGAUGUGUGGUUUGAUGCAGUUCAGGUGUGGGAGGUGAAGUGUGCCGAUCUCUCUGUGUCCCCCAUCUACAAAGCGGCUCUAGGGAUGGUGGAGGAGGGGAGGGGGAUCUCUCUCCGUUUCCCUCGGUUCCUGAGGGUCCGUGAGGACAAACAGCCGGAAGAGGCAACGUCCAGCUCGCAGAUUGCCGACCUCUAUCAGAAGCAACAACAGAUUCAGAACCAGCAGGUCCCGGUGUUGAGAGACGACUCGGACUGAGGAGAAAGAGUGGGAGGGGUAGAGAGGGAGGGGGACGGGGAGGGGUUACAGGAGACUCCAGCCCCUCUCCCCGACACUGAGAGAGGGAGAAAAGGGGAGAGAGAGAGAGUGGGAGGGGGGAGAGAGGGUCGGAGGGGGAGAGAGAGAGAAGGGGAGGGGAAGAGAGAAGGGGGAGAGAGGGUGGGAAGGGGAAGAGAGAAGGGGUGGGAGGUGGGGUAACAGGCGUCUCUAGCCCUCUGGGGAGGGGGAGAGGGUAACAGGGUCUCAAGUCUCUUUUGGUAUGUGUCGCUGUGUUUUAGGCGCAACAAUAAAAUAUAAUCUUUGUAAACAUC